AUGAUACUUUCCACUGCGUUCAUCACAACAGCACCAUAUCAAGUUGCAACCCCAGAGACUGGCCGGCGCAAGUUACAGUUUCCUAGCUCCCGCUCCUGUCCUGGCGGUUGGCAGGGAACCCCGCCCUCGCCAUCUUUCCCCGCAGGAUGGCGAUCUCAUAGACAAGCUUUCUGGAUCAUGUACUUCGUAUAUCCAUACGAAUACAGAUAA